CCAAUGACGUAAGAGAAAAAUUUUAGAUUUGUCAAACUAGUCAAACAAUCAAAUGUCAGUUUGACAUUCUAAAAAAUGGAUACGGAUAAUUCGAUAAUAUAUGGUCUAGAAUUUCAGGCAAGAGCAUUAUCUGCACAAGUAGCUGAAACAGAAACAUCAAGAUUUUUAAUUGGAACGCAAUCUUUAAAACAAACCAACAAUCAAGUGCAUUUAUUAGAAGUUAACGAAAAUGAUCUUACAUUAAAUACCAAAGUAUAUCAACAUCCUUUUGGUGAAAUUUGGAAAUUAAAUACUAGUCCAUUUGAAACGAAUAUUUUAUCAACAUGUUACAACACGUUAGAUCCAGAAAAUAUGUGUCGCAUGAAAACUAUGUUAUUAAAAAUUCCAGAUGCCACAGAUAAUGUGGACGAACAAGAAACAUUAGUUGUUCUUAAAGAAUUGGAUACAAGUAAUUAUACCGGAGAUGUCAAAACUACUGAAUUCAAUUCAGUUGAUAAAAAUAAGUGUGCCACAGUUGUCGAUAAUCAUAUUUUGUUUUUCGAUAUUGGCGAAAAUGUUGGUACAGAAAUCAGUAAAGUUAGCUUGGAAGGUAAAAGUAAUCCCAAAUAUACUACAGGAAAAUGGUAUCCACAUCAAAAUUCCACUAAUUUUAUUGCUAUUUCUGAAGCGAAUGUACUUUGUUACGACACACGAGUUAAUGAUAAAAGUAUAGCAUGGAAAAUUGAGACAAAUACGUCCAAUCAUUAUUUAUUACGCGACGUUGAUAUUAACGUUAAUGUUCAAGCAUUAAUUGCAACCGCUGGAGACGAUGCAUAUAUUCGACUAUGGGAUGCAAGAAAACCUGUGGAACCAUUAUAUGCAAGUCGUGAUCAUUCUCACUGGGUUUGGUGUGUCCGAUUUAAUACAUUCCACGAUCAACUAUUACUCUCAUCCAGUUCAGAUGCACGUGUGCUACUAAGUAGUGUAUUAGCUUACAGUUCCGAAGCAAACAAUUCCAGUAUAUUAAAUGGAUCCGAUAACGAUGAUUCUGAGAAUACAGAUCCUAAUAGUAAUGAUACUGUCACCGAUAAAAUCAAAAAUGAUACAAGUAAAGAGUUGUUAAAGAAAGAAGGUCCAUUACAGUGGUAUGAACAGCAUGAAGAUAGUGUUUAUUGCGUAGAAUGGUCAACAGCUGAUCCUUGGACAUUUGCUUCGUUAAGUUAUGAUGGCAGAUUAGUUAUUAAUCGUGUACCAAAACAUUAUAAGUAUCAAAUAUUACUUUAAUAAUUUUA